GCUGCUUUCCGCGAUGAAAGCGCCAAGUAGAGCAGUAGAAUAUAUUAUUACACGUGCGUUUUGUUUAAUUUAUUGUUGUGUAAGUUUUUUGAAGAUACUCCGGGAUUACUGACAGCACUCGUCUAAACUGAACUGGAUAUAAGAGAGCACCUAUAAACAUAACCCUGCGAAACAUUUAUCCUUUUUUCCCAUUGCUGUUGGAAAGGUGGAGCAUAGAAGGCCUGAUUUGGUUACCCAUGGCUGGAUUAUGAGUUCUGCAGGUUCAAGGAAGGUGGAGACCCCCACGGGCCUGAUCUAGCCUCCACUCUCUUUUACAUUAUGGCCUCAGCCCAACCAUGCUGGGAUCAACACAAUGACCACCACACCAUGGAUAAGCUGUUUUUUGGAUUUGGUUCGGAGUCCAUGGACCACAGCUUGAGAAUGUAUCAGCAAAACUCUGCAAACGUGGGCUUUGAAAGAAAGAUGUCUGGCUCCUAUUCUCCAUGUCUAACUCCCAAGACCCCAAAUUCUACACAGCUGCUGUUUUCCUCUCAGUGCCACCCACCUGCAGGAGACCAGGUGGUUCCUUCCUUACAGAAACUGUCUGUUUACGAACACAUACCGCCUUGUUCGCCCAGGAGAACAACUAAACCCCUCCCACCCCUACCGGACAUAGGCGACCUGUCUUCUGAUGAAGCAGAAGAUGAUGAGGUGGAGUUUUUCUCCAGCACAUCUGAGAGCCAAUGUCUGGUGCCUAAAACCCCGUCCUUCCAGUACGGCUUGCCAGGGAGGCGCAGUUUUCGGGGGAAAGGUCAGAUAAACUUUGCGUAUCAUGCAGGACCUCAAUGGGAGCACACGGUUACAGCGAACCAAGACAGACCCCAGCGCCGGCUGCAUCGCUCCAAUUCUGGCCCUGCCGGAUCCUAUAAAGCCACCAACUUCAGACCGAACGGCCUUCACCGUUCGCCUCACAGCCACCCGCAGGAGAAACCCGAAGUCCCGCCUCGUGUCCCAAUCCGUCCUCGCUUCAGUGAAAGCACAGACAGCAGGCGGCCAUCAACAAGUGACUUUGAUGCAGACAAACCUCCUGAAGUGCCACCAAGGGAGCCCAUUUCUCAGGUCAUACCACGUGCCAUUAGUCCAAAAAGUCUCCCGAUUUAUGUCAAUGGGGUAAUGCCUCCUACUCAGAGCUUUGCUCCCUAUCCGGAGUACGUCAGUAAGGCUCAACACAAGCAGAGCUGUGAGGGCUUGCCAGAUCCCCGGAGCCCCUGUAUUCUGCCCAUCAUGGAAGAUGGGAAGAAAGUCAGCAGUACCCAUUACUUCCUCCUCCCUCAUCGACCCGGGUACUUGGACAAGUUUGAGAGGUUUUUCAAAGAAUCGGACUCCUAGUGAUUAUUAGUGACUGAGUGGUUGGUUGUUUGCUUGUUUAAAAUGGAAAUAAGAAAGGCUGGACAUAAACUGAUAUGUUGUUUGACUGAACUGAUUCUUCAGUGUUACGAAUUAAUGGUCUGUUUAAGUUUUGGAUAAGUAUGUAUUUGGACUACACACAAAGAAAAACAAAAAGAAUUGGUUUACCACUGCUGGAAACUACAGAACAGCUCUGAAAGUGUCCUUUGUUGGAACAGAUGCACGAUUAAUCAAAAUGAAACCGAAGUUGGGGUUUUACAGUCUCCCUGUGGUUUUCUGCUAAAACAAAAUCUAGGGUAGCUGGUUUAACAGUUGAAAAGAAGAAAUUAAGACAUUAAAUUAAGCCAUAAAUGUUAGUAUUUUAAUUUUAAAGUUGUUCUGUAAAAAAAGACUAUUAGUAAUGAAUACAUUAUACUUUACAGUGAGCUAUUACAAUAGCAAUAUUUCUUGUUUUGCUUGUGUUGUUAUUAUUAUAGUCAUAUUGAUUAGCACAGCAAACCUGGAGCUUUUUUAAAUGCAUUUUAAAUUACAAUUGGGUUGCUUCCCUCGAAUCAUGCCACCCUAUUUAUUGAGGUCCAUGUUCCUUGUUGUACUGUUUCCUUGCUGUAUUGUUAAAUAAGAGUGUGCAGGAUCCUCUAAUGAAGGAAUAGGAUUAACUGUUACACCGUUAACACUGUGUUACCAGAGUAUAAGCUGGUCUUAUUUUUAUUUUUUUCCUCUCUGUAACAUGGAAUGGUAAAUGUGCAUGUUUAUUUCCAAUUAAGACAUUAUACACCAACAGUAUGAAUUCAUAUAUUGUUGAAAAAUGACAAGACUAGUAUUAGUAAUAGUACUCACCUGAAUUACAGAUAAUUAAGAGCUGCUUUUAUUGGUCGAGGACUAUGCCAUGUGAUUUACACCUGUGAAAAGCGUGAUGACCAAAAAGACCCAGUACUAAUGUAGUGGCAUAAAUGGAAAGGUCUGGGCACAGGGGUUAGUAUUCUACCUUUCAUGUGAAGAAUGCAUUUUGCUAUUUAAGAAUUUUUUUUUUUUUUGGCCAUUCAGAUGUGACAAAUAGAUUAAUCAUUUGAUUUUUAAAGAAUGUCACUUAUAGUUGCAUUUUGCUAAGUGAAAAUGAAUUCAUUUGUUUUUUAUUGUUUUUUUUUUAUUCUUCUUCUUUGGUCACGUCUGUUACAAGGGCAGAAAUGCCACUGCCUUGCUGUUUGGUGUCCAACUGCAGGACACUUGGUGUAAAUGGCUAUUUUUAUUUUAUUUUACCGUUUAUCAUGAAGUUAAAGCCUAGUCUUUUUAUAAUCCUGACAUUAUCAGACCAGUAACUACUUGUUUUGUCCAUCCAACAAAAUGACUUGGAUAUUUUCUGUGUGAAGGCUAAUGUUAACUGACUUUGUUUCAUCUGCUGAGGAAACAUGCACUUCUAAAAUGUACAGUAUUUGGUUUAGUUUUUCCACACCAGACUAUUUAAAUAAAGUAACUUAUUUAUACAACGA